AAGAAUUUUAUUUUCUCAUGCAGUCUGCAAAGGAGGGAGAACCUUUCUGGGAGAGUCCCUGGGGUCCAGGAAGACCUGGAUGGCAUAUUGAGUGCAGUGCCAUGAGUGCUGCAUACUUGGGAUAUUCUUUUGACAUUCAUGGUGGCGGGAUGGAUCUUGUAUUUCCUCACCAUGAAAAUGAAAUUGCCCAGAGCUGUGCUGCUUGUAAGAAGAGCAACAUAACCUAUUGGAUACACAAUGGUUUUGUCAACAUUGACUCUGAAAAAAUGUCGAAGUCCCUGGGGAACUUCUUUACAAUUCGGCAGGUGAUUGAUCUUUAUCAUCCAUUGGCCCUAAGGCUUUUCUUAAUUGGGACACACUAUAGAUCUCCCAUCAAUUACACGAUCGCGCAGAUUGAGAGUGCAUCUGAUCGCCUUUUUUACAUCUAUCAGGCUUUAUAUGAUAGUCAAAUUGUUCUCAGCCAGCAUGAUGAGGCAAGUCGGAAGGAUUCCAUUCCUGCGGGAACUGCUAGUUGUAUAAAUAAAUUCCAAGAUGAAUUUUUAGUUUCGAUGUCAGAUGAUCUUCACACUCCUGUUGCUUUGGCUGCUAUGUCGGAUCCAUUGAAAUUGAUCAAUGAUCUCUUACACACUCGAAAGGGUAAAAAGCAAGGACUACGAAUAGAAUCACUUGCGGCUUUAGAAAAGACUAUAACGAGUGGUCUGGAAAUUCUGGGGCUUGUGCCGACCAGUUAUGAAGAGGCUUUGCAUGAAUUGAGGGAGAAAGCUUUGAAGCGUGCAAAGUUGACUGAAGAUCAAGUUCGCCAGAAAAUAACAGAGAGGGAUACAGCAAGGCAAAAUAAAGAAUAUGAAAGAUCAGAUGCAAUUCGAAAAGAAUUGGCUGCGGUAGGUAUUGCUUUGAUGGACAGCCCUGAAGGCACCACUUGGAGACCUGCUAUACCACUUGCUUUGCAGGAAGAACAGGUUGCAUCCCCUUGAAUCUUUUCGCAUAUUUGCAGUAACCUGCCAUGGUAUGCGAAAUUAUGUUUGGCAAAUCAAGUUUAGUUCCAAUCCAAACUGCGAAAAGGGUUUGGCUGUAACAUUUUAGUUUGUUAAUCCUUCCAACUAGGAAAACUCAGAAGCUAAGUAAAAGUAGCAAAGUUGCAAAUUUUUGUAGAAAUAUGUAGAAAUUUUGCAGAAGCUAUUCCUUAAAGGCUUUCCUCUCUUCUCAUCUUA